AUGAAAAGAGACAUCGCUAUAACGGAUGGUUUAGACGAUGAAGAAGAAGAAUUAAAUAUGGAAGAAGAAGAAGAAUUGGAACAUGCAAUGGAAGAUGAUAUCGACAUGGAACUAGAAGACGAUGAUGAUGAAGGGGAAGAACAAGAAGAGGAGGAAAUAAAGGAUGACGACGAUGACGAAGACGACGAAAUGAUUGAAGACUUUGAAGAAAACGAAGGGGAGGAAAGUUUCGUGGAACCACCAGUUGAAGACACACCACAGUAUGAAGAUGAAGAUGAGGAAGAAGAAGAAGAGGAGGAAGAGGUAAUACCUUAUAACAACACAAGCAGGAGACGUGCUGGUGGUGCAGGGGUUAUGACUAUGCUAGAUGAAGAGAUCGAAGUAGAAGAAUCAGCUACAGUUACAUCAGAUGAAACGAAUAAACCACAAGAAGAAGACGAAGAAGAAGAAUUACACGAGCAAGAACAACAACAAAAUCAAUUAGACGCAUUAGAAGAACAACAAUUACGUAGAGCAGAAAUCCUUCGUAAACGUAGAAAUUUGAAGGAAAAGAAAGUGGAAGAAGAGAAAAGAGAUACUUUAAAUAAACUAUUGAAGAGAAGGGCUGGUAAAGCAAGUAAAAAUACUAAACCCUCACCUGGAAGACCUCCGAAAAAUAGUAGGAAUCUAUCUAAAAUAUCUGAUACUAAAGCUGAUGAUGAUGGGAAUGGGAAUGAUGAUGAUAAUGCAGCAGAUGAUUUCCAUAAGGGACGAAGGCCAUACAAUAGUGAUGGAAUGAUUAGAACAAUCAUUACACAAAAGGGAACCUUGUACUGUGAACCGCUGUGA